UUCUGUGAUCCUUGUUCUUCAUGUGAGUAUCUAAACAGGUACUUGAGCUGUUAAAAAGAGAAUAUGUCUUACGUACCACCACAUAAACGGCAUGAAAAUGUAGGAAUGAGAGCAUCCUCUGUUCUACCUUCUCUACGUCCGAAGCUUAAUAAAAACCUCGCGAGUGCUAAUACAAAGAUCAUAUACGCGAAGGAUUGCAUUUCUAGAUGGUUUCUUGUUUGUUCAGAAUCAGAGGACAACAACUUUCAACUUGUGCCUGUUUCUUCAUUAUGGAGGAAAGACGCUAAAGAAAAGUCUUUGGUAAUCUUAGCCAAGAGUGAGAUUGGAAAACUGGAAACUCCAUGGUUGUGGGUAACAGAGAAGGUGGAAGAUGAUCUUAUAAUGGGAUUUGAUAGGGCAAAGAAGACGUUGCUACGUUACGGAUCAGAGGAUGUCAAACCCAGACUGAUCGCUCGAUUUGGAAAAGUUGUUUUCCAUGGUGUUAGUUCAUCAGAAGUUCUAAGUCUAACAGAUGGUCCGUUAUCUCAAUGCAUACUGGAAAAUUUGAAGAAAACGUUUCAUACAAAUGUCCCAAAGUCUUAUUUCGAGAACAUUGGCUAUGGAGUAGUACACAAUAUGGGAUUCUGUGUUGAAGAACCCAAGGAGUUGUAUCAUGUGAAGGUAUCAGACAUCACUCGUCCUGAUAUAACCAUCUCCUGUAAAUGUAUGGUGGACCAACAACGUAAACGACUCAAUUUUUACAAGGCUGAGCUUAAUGCUUUGAGGCACUUAAAUCUUGACGUCUCAUGCCUUGAUCAAGAUCUUGACAUGAGGUUGCUAGUUGACUCAAAAGGGACAUUAACUAAUCUCUCUGAGAAUGAGAUUAAGAGUCUUAAAGAAUUGACUGAUUCAGCGGCGAUAGAUCCAACUGUGAAAGGUGGAUUAAGGUGGCCGCUUGGGCAAAAUUCUUGCGCGGAUCGAUAUAGGGUUUGUGGUAUUUGGCAUACUGUGACUACUACGUACAGAAACCAGACUCUGAGGCUUCAAAUUCGAGAGGCUGAUCGAUAUGAUUUCCGUACUGGAAUUGGAGGUACCUCAAGGGAAGUGAAUAUCAAAUUAAAAGCUUUGAGUACUAUACUAAUAAAGGAGGAAAAUGUGGAGAAGAAAUGUGUUUCAGACAUGCUGAAAGAUUGUCUGAAAUCAGUUUGGUAUUACUUUUUGAAAGAAAUAUAGUGUUGUCACUUUGUUUCUCUUGUGUUUCCCUUUCAGUUUUUGUUCCUACUUGCUCCAAACUUUGUUGCUUUUUUCAGAUUUUGGCUCAUCUAUAUUUUGUGGGAAUAUUCACAUAUCUUUUGGAUUAUAGUUUAAAUCAAAUAUUAUC